AUCACACAGACUGAGUAAAGGGUGAAGACGCACUUUCUUUUGUUCAGUCUCUUCUUUCCUCAGAUUGUGAUGGAGAACCGUUUGGAUAAAAAAUGCCAAGUCAGCAAGUUAUGCAUCGUUUUUGGGGUCUUAGCCCUGGUCGCCGUGGCAACCAUUGUCACGCUGUGGACUGUUGCCCUGACAGGAGGAGAUGCCGACGGUGGCGAUGAUGUCACAGCUCCUUGGGACAGGUUCCGUCUCUCAUCUGCGCUGGUCCCGGAUCAUUACAGCGUCACCUUGUGGCCUUGUCUGAGCCACGACACCAACACUGGUCUCUACGUGUUUACAGGACGAUCCACUGUGGAGUUUGAGUGUGUGACAGAAACAGACGUGAUCCUGAUUCACUCCAACAAACUCAACUACACACACACUCCCACAGUCACAGCUGCAGGUGGUGGCACUGUCCCUGGGAUUAAGUCAUGGUGGUUGCAGCCUCAGACUCAGUAUCUGGUUGUGGAACUGGACCAUAAACUCAGUGAAGGUCAGACGUAUCAGCUGUAUACGGAGUUCACCGGUGAACUGGCCGACGACCUGGCCGGUUUUUACAGGAGUGAAUAUGAAGAAGGCGGAGUCAGGAAGAUUGUCGCCACCUCUCAGAUGCAUCCGACUCACGCCAGGAAAACCUUCCCGUGUUUCGACGAGCCGGCAAUGAAAGCUGUUUUCUACAUCACUGUGAUUCAUCCACCAGGAACCGUGGCGCUGUCCAACGGCAGAGAAACAGAAAUUGCGAACAUUACGAUCGACAGAGAAGCCGUGACUCAGACAAAGUUUGAACCGACCAAGAAAAUGUCCACGUACCUUCUGGCCAUCGUCGUCUGCGACUUCGCCAGCGUUAGCGACGCACACGGAGACGUGUUGAUUCGGAUCUGGGCUCGCAGGACGGCCAUCGAGCAGGGUCAGGGAAACUACGCCCUCAAUGUGACUGGACCGGUACUGCACUUCUUCCAGUCCUACUAUAACUUCUCAUAUCCACUCAAUAAAUCAGAUCAAAUCGCUCUCCCUGAUUUCUACUUUGGUGCGAUGGAGAACUGGGGUUUGGUGACGUACAGAGAAAGCAAACUUCUCUACGACCCUUUGACCUCGUCGUCCAGGAACAAAGAGUCCACUGCCACCAUCAUCGCUCAUGAACUUGCUCACAUGUGGUUUGGAAACCUGGUGACUCUGCGCUGGUGGAACGAGGUGUGGCUGAAUGAGGGCUUCGCCACAUACGUGUCGUACCUGGGGGCGGAUCACGCCGAGCCUGCGUGGAACGUGAAAGACCUGAUGGUUCUGGACGACGUCCACAGAGUGUUCGCGGUCGAUGCCUUGACCUCGUCUCACCCCCUGUCGUCUGAAGAAGACGACAUCGUCCUCCCAGAGCAGAUCAGUGAACAGUUUGAUGUUGUCUCGUACAGCAAAGGAGCAGCUGUGUUGAGGAUGUUGUCUGAUUUUCUCUCAGAGACAGUUUUUGUCCAGGGACUCAGUACGUACCUCAGUCACUUUGCCUACAGUAACACAGUCGGGAAUGAUUUAUGGCGUCAUCUGCAAACAGCGGCGAAAGCCAACAACGUUUCACUCCCUCAUCCGGUUGAUGACAUCAUGAACCGUUGGGUGCUCCAGAUGGGUUUUCCUGUGGUUACCAUAGAUACCAGCACAGGAAAUGUCUCUCAGACGUACUUCCUGCUGGAUCCAGAGCCAAACAUCACAGUGUCAUCACCGUACAAGUACGAGUGGCUGAUUCCAGUUCGCUGGAUGACGUCUGACGAGGUCCAGAGCGACAUCUGGUGGCUGUUGGAGAAACAUGCUAUGAACCUGCAGAUGAGGAGCAGUGGGUCGUGGGUUCUGGCCAACGUCAAUGUGACUGGAUUUUAUCGGGUGAACUAUGACCUCGGUAACUGGGAGAGACUCAUCGUUCAGCUUCAGUCUGAUCAUCAGGUUGUUCCGGUUCUAAACAGAGCUCAGCUCGUGGAUGAUGCUUUCAACCUGGCCAGAGCUCAGCUGGUGUCCACCACCCUCGCUCUGAGGACGACCUCCUACCUGCAGGGGGAGACAGAGUACAUACCCUGGCAGUCUGCACUAAAUAAUCUGCACUAUUACGACCUCAUGUUGGAUCGAACUGAAGUCUAUCAACCCAUGCAGGAAUACAUGAAGACGCUGGUGACUCCACUUUUCUUCUACUUCAAGAAGGAAACAUGGAACUGGACUGUUGUUCCAGACAGACUCACUGACCAGUACAACCAGGUGAACGCCAUCAACCUGGCGUGCAGGACCGGAGUCACAGAAUGUCAGAACCUGACCACCACGUGGUUCAAACAGUGGAUGGAAAGUCCUCUAAACAAUCCAAUCGACGCUAACCUGCGCUCAGCGGUUUACUGCAGCGCCGUGGCGGCCGGUGGCGAGGUGGAGUGGGAGUUCGGCUGGUCGCAGUUCAAAAAUGCCACGGUGGCGAGCGAGGCCAGCAAACUCAUGUCUGCUCUCGCCUGCACCGACAACAAACAGCUGCUGCAAAGGUAUCUGUCGUACACCUUAAAUCCAACUAUGAUCCGUAAGCAGGACGCCGCGUCUGUCAUCACAUCUGUGGCCAGCAACAGAGCGGGACAGACCGUGGCCUGGGACUUUGUCAGGGACAAGUGGGAAUUCAUGUUCACACAGUACGGCGUGGGCUCUUUUUCCUUCGCCUCCAUCAUCAGUGGAGUCACGGCCAGGUUCUCCACAGCUGCUGAACUUCAACAGCUGGAGGCCUUUGUGCAGGAACACGGCGUCGCCGGCUUUGGCUCCGCCUCUCUGGCUGUGGAGCAGGCGCUGGAGACGACCAGGGCGAACAUCAAGUGGCUGCAGAAGAACAAACAGGAGACCCUGGACUGGUUCAGCAGUCAGACCGGACGCUGGUCCACCAACGCCAACACAAGACUGAGCAGGAAGUGACAGGUGUGACCACACCCACCCGCACGCUGAUGUAUCACUCUGUGCUCGGGCGUUUUUGACGGAUAUCUUAGAUGAGAACACGUCACUUUCCUGUCACCAUGACGACCACCACCAAUUCUGAGUAAAAAAGAAACGGUGAAAAAAAAAUACAGACUCAAAACUCGACUGCUGCAAAACCAAAAAGCUAAAAUGUUGAUUUUUCUACAUCAAGAAUAAAAAGCAGGUUUUACUUUGUCUUCAAACGUCGUUUGAAAGGGUGAAAACUGUGAGUCAUGACACCUCCCGGCCACUGGGGGGCGUCUGUUCACUUCGAUGGAGUCAGACUAAAAGCAAACUUUUUUCUUCCGCUGUUUGAAAUCAUUAAAACACACGUCGGCUGUGUCUGUU